AUGCCAACCGAAAAUCUGACCGAUAAGCGAAUGGCCAAAUUCAAAAAUAAAGGCAAAGAGCUCUCGCGACAGCGGGAGCGCAGAGCUGCGGAAUGUGUCGAGCUCCGGAAAGCUCAGAGAGUUGAGAGUAUUAUGAAGAAACGGAAUAUUUCAACACAUUCUGAUGAGGAGCUGUUGUCCCCAGAGUUCACUACUGAUAACCAACAGGUGAUAUCGGCCACGAUUCAAGAAGUCAUUGCGAACGUGAACAGCGACUGUCCAGAGAGGCAGACAAAAGGUUGUCAAACUGCUAGGAAGCUGCUCUCUCGUGAGAGGAAUCCGCCUCUGAAGGAGAUCGUUGAGGCAGGACUUCUGGCCCGUUUUGUGGAAUUUCUGGGACGCAACGACGACCCCACUCUGCAGUUUGAAGCUGCGUGGUCUCUGACUAAUGUUGCUUCAGGCACCUCCUGGCACACGCAGCAGGUGGUGGAACAUGGCGCUGUGCCAGCCUUUAUUGCCCUGCUGGCAUCACCCAUGCUCAACAUCAGUGAACAAGCUGUCUGGGCUCUUGGCAAUAUUGCAGGUGAUGGGCCAGCGUAUCGUGAUGCACUGAUUGAAUGCAAUGUUAUCCCUGCAUUACUGGCUCGUCUUGCUCCAGAUGCUCCGGUUGGCUACCUCCGCAAUUUGACUUGGACCCUUUCAAACCUGUGUAGGAACAAGAACCCUUACCCACCCAUUUCUGCAGUACAGCAGAUGCUUCCCUCGCUGGUCCAGCUGUUGCACCUUACAGACAAGUCCAUCCUUUCGGACGCAUGCUGGGCCAUUUCCUACCUCACUGACGGUCCCAAUGAGCGAAUGGACAUUGUGAUUAAAACGGGAAUCCUCCCACGUUUGGUUGAGCUCCUUGGCUUUGAGGAGCUCGCGGUUGUAACUCCAGCAUUAAGGUCUAUUGGAAAUAUUGUAAGUGGCUCAGACCUACAAACGCAGGCAGCCAUUGAUGCUGGAGUGCUAAAUACCUUACCCCAGCUUAUGAGACAUCCUAAACCUAGCGUGCAGAAGGAGGCAGCAUGGGCCGUGUCCAACGUUGCGGCAGGACCGUGCCAACAGAUCCAACAACUCAUUACCUGUGGCUUAUUGCCUCCCCUUAUCAACCUACUUCAGAAUGGAGACUUUAAAACCCAGCGAGAAGCUGUGUGGGCUGUCACAAACUACACCAGCGGUGGCACAGUGGAUCAGGUGGUGCAGCUGGUUCAGAGUGGGGGCCUAGAAGCCAUCCUCAAUCUGCUGCAGGUCAAAGAUGCAAAAACUGUCCUGGUGAUCCUAGAUGCCAUCAAUAACAUUUUCUUGGCUGCUGAGAAAAUGGGGGAGACUGAAAAGCUUUGCCUGGUGGUGGAGGAGUUGGGAGGACUCGAUAAGAUCGAACAACUCCAGAACCACGAAAACAACACGGUGUAUCGUGCGGCCCAGAAUCUGAUCGAGAAGUACUUCAGUGAAGAAUAUGAAGAAUGCUUAAAGACUGAGGCCACAGAAACCAGUUUUGUCUUUCAGACACCCGAGGUCCAGAGACGCUUUGAUUUUUGA